AUGGCCGGCGCGAAGAAGAAGGCGAAGAAGGCGCCAGCGGCGUCCAAGGACGCCGACUGCGUGUACACGGUGGCCGUGCACGAGGGCAACGUGAGCGGUAUCACGGCGGCAUCCUGGGACAUCGGGCGCAUCGAAAUGCUCGGCAGCGACACGCUCGACGCCCUGGCCGAUCUCCUCUUCGCCCACAUGCUGCCCCGCGUGCGCGACCCGGAGGACUGCGACCGCGGGGCGCACAUGUGGAAGUUCGCGGCGUGCCGCCGCGAAUUCGUGCCCCAGGACCAGUUCGACGUGGUCCAUCCGCAACCUUUUGAAGCCGCGAAGCUGCCGACGGCGACGCCGCUGGCGGCGCUCCUCGCGCGCAAGCACCCGGUCGCCGUCGGCGGCGCCCCCUUUUCGUUCGAGUACGACUACGGCAGGUCGACGAGGCUCGCGCUGCGCGUCGCGUCCGCGCGGCCCCGCCCCCUCGCGUCGGCCGCGUUCUUGGCGGGCGCGGGCGGCAGGACGCGCGCGGCGGCGGCGCUGCGCGUCGUGCCGCCCGAGCCGUACCCGCGCCUCGCGCGCUUCGACGACGACGCGCUCCCGGCCGGCGCCGCCGGGCCGGGCCUCGACGCCGCCUACCCGCGGUACGCCUCGGCGUUCCUCGCGUCGCGCGCGGCGACGCUCGGGCUCAGCGCCAUGGUCGCGCGCGUCGACGACGGCACGUUCGCGACGCUCUCGGUCGGCGCCGGCGGCGACACGCUCUUCGCGCCGCUGGCGUUCGCGAGCGGCGACGAGUUCCUCGCGACCGCGGAGGCCGCGCUCGAGGCCGACGAGGCCGCGCGCGGCGAGCGCGACGAGGACGGCUACCCCACGCACUGCGGGCAGGCGACGAUGCUCUUCCCCUCCGCGCUGCCCGACGACGACUGCGAGGCGCGCUACGCCAAGGCCGCCGCGCGGGCGGACGACGACGACGACGACGGCGCCGGCGCCGACCUGGUCCGCCGCGGCGACGCGGCCGCGGACCGCGGCGUCUUCGCCGCCGCGUUCCCCGCGACGCACGCGCGACUCUUCGGCGGCGGGGCCUUCCGCUGGGUGAGCUACCGCGCGGGCGUGCUCCGCGUCGUCUGCGGCCGCGGCGGCGGCCGCGACGGCCGGUCGGAGCCCGACGACGGCCGCGUGCUCCGCGAGUGGCGCCGGCCCUUCGCCUCGCUCGACGACGUCUUCGCGUGCGUCGAGGCCUCCUGGGCCGGCGUCGGCGACGACGAGUACCCCGCGGCGCCGAGCGACCCGGAGCGGCCGACGCCGCGGCCGCUCGCCGGGCCGCCGCGCGUGCUCGCGGCCGGCGAGCCGCGGCCUCCGCCGCGCAACGACUGCUACCUGAGCGACGGGGGCGGAGAGCUCGCGCGGAGCGUCACGGCGCUGGCCCUGGGCGCGUCGUGCCUCUUCGUCGGCUCCGCGGACGGCGUCGUCCGAGUCUGGCGCCUCCCGGCCGCGGCCGGCGCCGCGCCGGCGGCCGAGGUCCGGGCCUUCGCGGCCGAGUCGGACGACGACGACGACGACGACGUCGACGACAGCGAGCUCCAGGUUCGGCGGGCGAGGAUCGGCGGCCUCGCGGUGGUGCACGCGCCGGACGGGUCGACGGGGCUCGUCGCCUGGGCGCGGCAGGGCGCGCUGAAGCGGUGGCGCGUCGCGCCGUCCGGAGCGCUCACGCCGAAGCGCGACGCCGUCGUCGACGUCAGGGCCUGGAACGACGACGGCCGCCCGCACGCCCCGAGCGUGAACUGCUGCGUCGUCGCGGCGCUCCGGCGCGGCCUCCAUCUCGUCGCGGGCCUCCACGCCUGCGCGGGCCACGGCGACGGGAACGUCGUCUGCUUCGACGCGCUCUCGGGCGCGCAGGUCGGCACGUGGCGCGGCCACGGCGCCCCGGUCUACGGCGUCGCGGUCGUGCCCGACGGCGUCGCGUCGGUGAGCAUGUCGUCGUCGGCCGAGACGCUCAUCCUCUGGUCCUUCAAGUCGGGGAAGAAGGGCAGGAGGCUCCGCGAGAUCGAGCUGGGGAACCACGCCUGGCGACGGGCGCUCCGCGCGGGGCGCGGGAUGCCGGGGCACGCCGUGCCCGAGCUCGCCCUCGACGAGCUCCACGAGGUCAACGGCGCGGCCGUCGUCGGCGGCGACCUCGUGCUCGUCGCCAACUUCGGCGACGUCCUGCGCGUCCUCGACGCGUCGACGCUCGCGACGAAGCGGACGCUCAACCUGGGCCUCCACGGCGGCGAGGGCGGCGAGGGGUUCACCGUCGCGGUCGCCGCAUCGGCGACGCGAUUCUGCGUCGCGAACGCGGACUGCCACCCGUGCUUCGACGACGACGUCGACGACAGCCGCCUGCCGACGCGGGCGACGGCGCUCGUCGUCGACGCCGCCGCGCUCGCGGCGGCGACCGCGGCGCCGCCGGACAAGGGCGAGGCGCGCGCGACGAAGUACGUCGACGACGACGAGGAGGACGAGGAGGACGAGGACGAGGACGACGACGAGGACGACGAGGACGACGAGGACGACGAGGACGAGAUGGUCUUCGGCUCCUCCGAGCGGCGCCGCCGCGACGAGGAGCACGACCGCCUCGGAAAGCACCGCCCCGACGUCGCGGGCCGCGUCCACUUGCCGCUCACCGCGCCCGCCGAGCGCGAGGGCGAGGAGCGGCCGCGCUCCACCGCGGGCUACGACCAUCUAUGCUGGCUGGAGCGCAGGAGAUCCGGCCUCAAGGGACCGAUCACGCUCGCGCUCGACGAUCGCGUCGCCGUGGCGGGCUACGUGGACGGCACCGUCGCCGUCGCCGACCUCCUCGACGCGGCGCCGGGCGGCGACGCGAGAGCCCACGCGGCCGUGAGCUUCCUCGCCAAGAACAUGUGGGACUCCGACCCGGUGCCUUCCAUGUCGCUCGACGACUUUGAAGAGGAGCGAGACGACAGUGGCGACCAGUGCGCCAUCUCCUAG